AUGGCCGUGGCCGGGGACUUUACUUUUAUGGUGGACUGUAUCAGUGGCAACAAUGAGAUGCUCGGUUGGUCAUGUGGUCGAUCAAAUGUUUACAUUGAUCCUCUUCUCAUGCAAGAAAGAUUCAGUGUUGAGCUGAAUCGAUCACGAAGAAAUAAAAACUUUUGCUAUGAAGAGCUGGGCGAGCUCCAGUACCUGCACCACGUCAUCCGGGAGGCGUUCCGGCGGCACGAGCUGGAGCGGUUCAAGGACGACGCCGCCAUGGCGGCGGUGGACUUGAGGGGCGCCGACUUCGAGCUCGUGCCGUUCGGCGCCGGCCGGAGGAUGUGUCCCGGCAUGCCGUUCGGGCUCCUGGCCGGUCUCCUGCUCCACUUCGACUGGGAGGUGCCCGGCCUGGCCGACCCGGCGCAGCUGGACAUGGCCGAGGAGUUCGGCAUCACCGCGCGCCGCAAGAACGACCUCCUGCUAUGCCCCAUCCUCCGCGUAUCCGUGCCCGGCAUCUAG